GAGAGAGAGAGAGAGAGAGAGAGAGAGAGAGAAUGCGCGCGCACUCGUUAUAUCAGUGCACGAGCCACGUAAAGGCGGAGACAGCCUGCUUCACCUCUCCUCUUCAUUAUGAACUUCUUAGUCAAUUCGCCAUCGAUGCAGUGCCACAUCCGCAUCCACAUCCGCCCGUGCUGAAGCUGAGUCUAGCAAACCGGGAUCCACGAGGGCUGAGAUCCAGAUAAGCGAUUAUGUAGGCUACAGAGCGGACAUGCCCAGACCACCACCACCACCACCAUCAUCAUCAUCACCGCCUCCUCCUCCUCCUCCUGCUCUUGCUCCUGCUGCUGCUGCUUGGUCCCGGUGUGUGUUCACCUUCAGCGCGACACACCGAGCGGAUGCCGAGGAUCAGCGAGACAUGAUGGAAAAUAGCCUCACACACCUGGAGGAAAUACGCACCCCAUUUCGGAUUAAAAAUACAACUCUUAGCACUUUGCACCUGCGCGGCUUAUGAAUACGCUGCGUUCACAAAUUUAAGAUAGGAACUUUAAGGUCUCCUAGCUUACCUCUGAUUUAAAAGGGGAAAGAUUGACGGCCUGAGGACGGAGGCGUGUGUGUCUCAUUUCGUUUAGGAUGCAUCGGAGAUGACGCGCAGUUUCCAAAAGACGCAUAAGUUUCUGUUGUAAAGCGCCUGCAUGCCGCAUAGACGCCGGCUCAGCGUGUUUCUCCCCGAUGGUGUGUGUGUGUGUGUGUGUGUGUGUGUGUGUGUGUGUGUGUGUAACAGGGGUGUGUUACAGCUGCAUAUUGCGUAACUAAAAUCCCAAGACUUUUUCCUUGGUCUUCUCAGCCUCUUAGCUUCACGCCACUGGAUGCUCACGUGCACGAGCAAGGCAUUCAUAUACAGAUUAAUAUCAUAUCGCUGCUCCAUCCGGACUAAUAGCUGGUACGUCAUUCAUUGCAGAGACCCUGGUGUCAAACCACAAGUUGAUGCUGGGGACCCCUGAUUAUGUUGAUGAUGAUGAUGAUGAUGAUGAUGAUGGUGCACACGUGCUCGAAGAGGCCCGCCGCCCGCAUGCCUUCUCCGCACGCGCGCUAGGAUGUUGCGGCAAGUGGUGCGCGAGGGGCUGCGGGCGUCCUUCUACAAGCUGGGCCACUUCGUCGCCAACCACCCGGUGUUCUUCGCCUCGGCGCCCGUGCUCCUCUCGGUGCUGCUCGGCGCCAGUUUCAGCAGGUACCGUGUGGAGGAGGAAGUGGAGCGCCUGCUGGCCCCCAAACACAGUCUGGCGAAGAUCGAGGGCAACCUGGUGGACAGCCUGUUCCCCGUCAACCGCUCCAAACACACCCUCUACUCAGACCUGCAGACACCCGGCAGGUACGGGCGUGUGAUCGUGACCUCGCGCAGGGGCAGCGUGCUCGAGCCUCACAACGUUGACCUCGUCCUGAAGCUUCACAGUGCCAUCACCCACAUCCAGGUUCCGAUGCUGGGCUUCAACUACACAUUUGCUCACCUCUGCCUGCUGGACGAUAGCAAGAACUGCAUCAUAGAUGACAUCCUGCGAAUGCUGGAGGAGAUGCGAACAGCCCGCGUCUCGAACCGGACCGUUCCGCCGCUGCGCUACCCUAUCACACGACUCAAGGAUGGGCGAGAGGCCUACGUCGGACACCAACUCGGCGGGGUGCAGACGGUGGGCAGUGGUCGAGAAGGUGUCCGCGCUGCCCGCGCUCUCCAGCUCACCUACUACUUGCAGGUCGCCAGUGCGCUGAACGAGGUGGUGGCGACUCGCUGGGAGCUGCUGUUCUGCCGUGAGUUGGAGAGCUUCAGCGCAGCACACCCCGAGCUCGGGCUGUACCCGUUCACCUCGUCCUCGCUGCAGCGGGACUUUCAGAGGACAAGUCGCGUAUCCGAACGCCCGCUGCUCUUCAGCCUGGCUGCAUGCCUCUCGCUCGCUGUAGUUUGCUCUUCUAUGAGAGACUGCGUACGCACCAAACCCUGGUUGGGAAUCCUGGCGUUGGUCACCGUCAGCCUCGCGACUCUCACCUCCGCCGGGAUCUUUAACCUCACUGGAGGAAAAUACAACUCCACGUACCUUGGCAUUCCUUUCAUCAUGCUGGGUCAUGGCUUGUUUGGCACAUUCGAGAUGCUGUCUUCCUGGCGACGGACCCGUGAGGACCAGCAUGUAAAAGAGCGAGUGGCUGCUGUAUUCUCAGACUGCAUGCUUCCCUUCACAGCCAGCACCGCCCUUCACCUUGUCACCUUUGGCAUCGGCGCCAGCCCGUUCACGAACAUCGAGGCCGUGCGCCUGUUCUGCCGCAUUGCCUGCAUUUCCAUCCUCUUCAACUACCUCUACAUCCUCACCUUCUAUGGGUCUAACCUGGUUUUUGCAGGUUACCUCGAAAACAACUAUCGUCACAGCCUGUUCUGCAGACGCGUACCCAAGCCUGAUUUACUGCAACAAAAGCCAGCUUGGUAUCGCUUCCUGAUGUACACGCAUUACAACGAGGACGCGUCUGAAUCCGGUGACCUACGUGUCUAUGAGAACCAUCUCCUGGUGGCCUUCAUGAAGCGCUACUAUUGUGACUGGAUUACCAACACUUAUGUCAAACCCUUUGUAGUGCUUUUUUAUUUAGUAUACAUCUCCUUUGCAUUGAUGGGUUAUUUACAGGUGAGUGAAGGCUCAGAUCUCAGUAACGUUGUCGCCACAGGGACCAGUACCAUCGCGUACACCCGGGCACAACAGCGCUACUUUAGUAGUUACAGCCCUGUGAUUGGCUUCUACAUCUAUGAAUCUAUUGAGUACUGGAACACCAGUGUACAGGACGACCUCCUUGAGUACACCAAAGGGUUUGAGCGAAUCUCCUGGUUUGAGAGUUACCUAAACUAUCUGCAUGGUCUAAACAUAACGACCAGCCUUUCGCGCAGAAACUUCACAGAGCAUCUGCGCUCAGGCUUCCUCCGCCAGCCCCGCUACCUCCAUUUCUCAGAUGACAUCAUAUUCGCCAAGCGGACCGAUGGAGAGUUCGACGUAGUGGCUUCCCGGAUGUUCCUGGUGGCCAAGACGACGGAGAACAAGCGAGAGGAGAUGUCUAUUUUGUUAGACACACUGCGCAAGCUCUCACUGACCUCCAGGGUGAAGUUCAUCAUCUUCAACCCUUCUUUUGUGUACAUGGACCGCUACGCAUCAUCAGUAGGUGCGCCGUUGAAGAACUCAUGCAUUGCUGCUCUGUUCUUGCUCUUCUUUUCUAGUUUUUUGGCGGCCGAUCCUCUGGUGAACGCCUGGAUAACUGUGACGGUGGCCUCUGUGGAAUUUGGUGUGGUUGGGUUUAUGACACUGUGGCAGGUGGAGUUAGACUGCGUGUCAGUGCUGUGCCUGAUUUAUGGGGUUAACUACGCCGUGGACUCAAGCGUGCCUCUAGUGUCAGCCUUCGCUCUGGGACGGGAAUCGACGCGUACGCGAUGGGUCAAGGUGUCCCUGGAGCGGCACGGGGUCCCUGCUUUGCAGAGUUACAUGUGCUAUGGGGCAGCAUUGUUGCCUUUAGCAGCUGUUCCAUCAAACCUUACUCACACGCUAUUCAGGUGUUUUUUCCUCACUGCCCUCAUCACCGCCUUCCACUGCCUGGCUAUCCUUCCAGUCCUCCUGACAUUCUUACCCCCCUCCAAGAAAAAGAGGAGGGAAAGGAAAAGCAUGGCUGAGCACCAGGAAGAGAUUGAAUGCGUCGAGAUGGCAGACAGUACCCGAGUGGUCGAUCAGAUUACCACCGUCUGAGCAAAAUGACAAAAUGUGAAGUGUGACAAAGAGUAACAGCAGGGCUUGGGCUCACAGGGUCCAUCAAGCCCUGGAAGAAAAAGUCACGUAACCUGAGCAAAAGAAUUUGAGCUCUCUUGUUGGAACUAGAGUUUGUUGUCAUGGUAAAAAGUGCUAGAAAGGUCUUGCCAUUAACACAAGGCUAGGUUGUCAUGGUGAAAGCCCUGUGAAGGUUGUGCUGCACAUCUUCCAUCCCUGGGUGGAUGGUAAGAGAUGGUCUUUGUUCAGUCAGCUGAAUGAGCCAAAAAAUUUUUUGGCCAGCUGUGGAUAAUUACAGAGCAGCUCCAGGAUUAGCAGCUGAAUGCUCCCAACGAGGUUUCGCCUUAAUGCAGUUUAGACGCACAUAUAUGCUAUACAAACCAUUACAACAUUACUGUGAUAUUAAAAUAUAAAAACAUAAACCCCACCACUCGUAUUUACAGGUGGUCAGGGAGUCCUCAUUGCUAAAUCAAGGCAGCCGUAGUUGUUUUAUGAAUAGCCAUGUCAUCUUUAUUAGCCAUAUCAAUUCAAUCUCUUGCUAAUGUGUCAUUUCAAAACUUCAUUUGCCGGCACUGAUUUUUUCUUUCAGUAUUAGAUGGAAUAACAGUUGAUACCUGGUGGAGAUAGAUGCAGAUGCGCACUCGCAGGUCAUGGUGAACUGCAUCGCUUCCAUGGUAACCCCUCGUAUCUCCACGCCUGUCACAAUUUAGUGUUAGAUUAUACUGUAAAUACAUAAUUUCAUUACCCUCGAGCAUUCAGUCAGUCCAUAAUAGCUCCUAAUGGGAAUCGAUGGCUGAUUAAAUUAUGCAGGCUUGUGGGUUGUAAAUAACCUACAAAUGAGUUCAUCCCAUAGUUUCUGGAGUGCGUUUCUCCUCCUCAGAAAGAAACAACAAAAAACAUUGAACAUCACACUGUUACACACAUUGCUCAUCAUCAAUAUGUAUGAGCCAGAAUCACUCUCUUUGUCUCCUUGCCCUCUCGGUAUGAGAGGCACAAAGGAGGGAGAAGAUAAGGACAGAGAGUGAAAGAGAGACAGACAGAGAAUAACAGAAAUCACAGGUUUGGUUUAUAUGAAUGCGCUCGGUCUAUUAUGGUAUAAUUUCUACAGUAACAGCCCAUUCACAGGUCCUCUUAUGGCAAGACACUCAACACAAACAGACGAACGAGCACGUGUAAUCGUAGAGAUGGUGAAGUUUUUCUGUGAGACGUUUGUUUAACGUUUAUGGAAGGAGUCUCCAGUGUCGGCGCUUUGUAACAGUCAGAGGUAACAUCUUCAGGACAGAGGAGUUUUUACGCUUUCUCUGUAACACGCGUAACAAGCUGCGUUUCUCGUCUUGUUAACUUCAUGAGAGAGAAUAGAGAGAGGGCAGGUGAAGGUAAAACUGUUUAUAGCUGCUAUAACGUAAGUGAGAACAGGACCUAACUCGUUUCAAUGAUACGUUAAAUGUACCUACAAACUAUAAACGGAUAAAAAAAGGUAUGUCAUAAAGUCAUUUGUAGGUUAAUCAUUUUCAGAUUGCUGUGGUAUUUGAGGAAUAAAAGACAUCAGGAUGUGCUGUUAGAGGAAAAUAAUCAACUCUUAGAGAGGUAGCAGUAAUUCUGUCACUUCUAAUUUUACUAUAACAGCAUGUAAACAUGCCGUUAUUGUAGAGCGCCAUGGAAACGCAGAGCCUGGGGUGUUGUGAAUCUGUUCACAGCUCCUCUGGCAGGUCACCAACAGCUGCUCUUCUUGUUCACAACACCGCUGGAGCUCAUCAUGGAGGAAAUCCUUACGUGAAAAACAGAAAAAAUAAAAAUCGAGCUGAGUUUUUAUACCUGCUGCUGGCUGUUCUGAGCUCAGCCACAAUCUGCUUUACUGUUUUUACAUUUACAACAUCACUAAACAUCUCAUCUCCUAGCGUAUAGUAUCUCAUAUCUCUCUCUACAUGUUUGGUAUUUAGGCUGGUGAAAGCAUUUCAAUCACUUACACCUUCUCAGUCCAGUUCUAGGUCAGAUUGUACCAUUAUACAGUUAAUCUAGGCUAGGCUGAACCCAAAACUUCAUCAGGUUAUACCAUUUUAUUUCGUACUGUAGAAGUGAAGAAUGAUGUCAUUCUGUGUGUAACGACCUAAAUUUAUUUCACUCUGUCCCGAUAUGAAGAAACUGUACUUGAAGAAAGUGUUACCCUUUAACAGAUAAUCUUGUUUUUUUUUUUGUUGUUGUUGUUGUAAUAUUUAUUUUAUAAAUGAAUCCAUUUCCAGUUCAGUUUUAUUUAUAUAGCACUUUUAACAAUGUCCCAAAACAGCGUUUCAGAAAGAUAUCAAUUCAGAAUAUAGAUUUUUAAAUGUAUGAAAUGAUCUAUUUUACAUCACGUGCUCUGUUUGUCAGCGUAGCCUCUGAUUUUAGCUGCUGAUUUUAAAAGUAUAAUGCACAUCUGUAGUAACGUACCUCCGUCUCGGUUCCUGAGCAAAGUACAAACACACCGGAUUAGGGGGCAGAGGGUCUCCGAGACUGGAAAGGAGAAAUCCUCAGAAACCCUGCUGUAGAAAAUAGACCAAUCCUAGAAGAUUUAAUCACAUUGAUCAUGCCCUUGAUUGAUUUUUGUUUGUUUGGUUGUUUUUGACUGAACUUGAUAUUUCACACAGAGAACACAGGAUAUUGAUGAAAAGGAAAGAUAGAUCGGUUUUGUAUCUAUUUGUAUAAAAUCCAAACUAUUAAAGCAAAGCGGAGCA